AUGCUACAUGUCCACCAGCAAUCUCUAAAGGUGAAGGAGGGAAACGGAUACCUGGAGGGCACAUGUGGAGCUGGUGUUGCACAUAGAGGACUCAGUGUUACUAACAGGGGCAGGCGAGGUGGAAGCCGCUCUGAAGAGGACAACGACGACAGUGAGGCAGAGACAGGCCUCUGGCAUCAACGAUGUAGGCCUUGGGCUUGCACAAUGGAAAUGUUCUCCAUGCUGAAGCACUCAAUGGGAGCCGACGAUGUGAACCCCAUCACCAAGUACUUCACCAUCGGUAAACAGACCGCAAGUGCUGGCGUAGAAAUGGUCUGGAAGAUUUAUGAGGCUGUCCGCACCGAUGACAAAAAGGAAGCAUCAGUUUUUAUUUUCGAAAAGAAAAUUGCAGACAAGCUUCAUAAGCCCAGAAGAAGAGAGGUAGUUGCCGAAACGUUGCGCAAAGAUGUGUGGUACUUGGAACAGUUGAAACAUCCCAAAAUCUUGACUGUAUUACAUGGAAUCGAGGAAUGCCAUGACAGUCUUGCGUUUGCUACAGAGCCAGUAUUUGCCAGUCUUGCCAAUGUGCUCGGAAAUCACGACAGGUUGCCGCCCAAUAUUUCUGCAGAGAUCAGGGACCACUCGUUUAUUGAACUGGAAAUUAAACACGGCAUCGUUCAGAUCACAGAAGCACUCUCCUAUUUGCACAACACAGAGAGACUCAUCCAUUGCAACAUCAACCCACAGUCCAUUUUGUUGACCAAAAAACGUAGUUGGAAACUCAUAGGAUUCGGAUUUGCAGAAAAGAUUAAAGACGACAAGGAGGGCUGCACUGGUCAGUCAUGGACCACUAAAAUCCCCAAAAUGGCACAACCAGACCUCAACUUCAUGGCUCCAGAAGUUCAGCUGAAUAAAAUGUGCACACCUCUGAGUGACAUGUUCUCUGUAGGGAUGGUGAUAUGUUCCAUCUACAAUGAAGGACGGUCGCUGAUCUGCGCAGAUCACAACCCCAGUUUCUACGUGAAGCAGCUAGAUCAGAUGCACGAUACAUUUGGACUGGUAGCUCACAGAAUGCCUCUACAAUUGGUGGAACCUGUUGAAAAAAUGAUCAACAAAGAUGUUCGUUAUCGCCCAACUGCUCAAUUAUUUUCUUUGUUGAAAUAUUUUAAUGAUCCGGUUGUGAUAAGUCUUCAUGGCAUGGAUAUGCACGACCGUCGUGACCCAGCUCAACGAGUUGAAGCAUAUGCAAGUCUUUCCCAAGUGGUGCCAAACAUACCUAGGAAAAUCCUGUAUGGCUACGUGCUACCAGAAAUACUGAUUGAAUGCAAAUGUGCAGACUCAAUAAUUUUUGCCUUACCUACACUGAUCACAAUCAUUGAUUAUGCCACUAGAGCUGACUACGUUGAUAUCAUCAUGGCAGAGUUCCGUGCUAUUCUUGCCAACACUAAGCCUGUCCAGGCCACUGUGUAUAUAUUAAACAAACUGGAUAUCAUUCUAACAAAAUCCCCUUUGGAUGAAACCAAGGGAGAAGUUCUGCCAUUUGUAUUCAAUACGCUGGAUUCUUCAUCUCUGCAAGCACAGGAAGCUGCGUUAGGUGCCGUUGGAGUCAUCAAGGAGUUUUUGGAUGAUAACAUCUUAAGGAAGGUUGUUCUACCAAAAGCAAAAUCACUGUUUUUCCGAUCAAACAGUGUAAAGAUUCGCGUGAAUGCUCUGACAUGUAUUGAUCAUUUGCUGGACAGUUUGGACAAGAUGCUCAUUUUGGAUAAUAUUCUUCCAUUUUUGGCCAACAUUCCUGGCCAAGACCCGGAUGUUAUCAUGUGUGUUGUGG